AUGAAUGUGGCUUUUGUUAUUGAUAAUUCAAUCUCCAUGAAUCAGCGGGUUUAUAAUGGACUUUCGCUGAUUGAAAUAGCAAAAAAUGGAAUUGAAUUUAUUUUAAAAUAGAGAAUGCGUGCGGCUGAUAGCAAAUAUGACACUUACUAGUUGUUUUAAACAGGUUAUGAUCCAAGCUAAAAAGGGUACCCUAAUGGAGUUUAAAUGUUGAGCUCAUAUAAACACGACAUAAAUCAUCUUUUCUUUUAGUUAAAAAAUAUUAAAACACAUUUAGUCACAGAUUUACCAGGUACACUGCAAAAUGUCUACAGAUAACUCAAUAUUUUUAGGUAUUUAAAUGGUGCUGAUAAUAUAUUUGGAGGUAGAGACCCUCUUAAAUCUGAUCCUUCUCUUAUUGUACUUUUUACAGAUGAGUCUGACUAUUACUAAUUGGAGAAAUUGUAAGAAUUUAUUAGAACAAAUAGAUUGCAAAAUAAAUGGGAUUAAACUUUUGUUGUUUUUGAGCUUGUUUUACCUUCAAUCAUCGAAAAAAAUAUUCUUGACUAAGAAGCCUAUCGCAAACAAUUAUAAAGUCACUUAUCUAUCAAAGUAUUUGAAGAUGUUGCCAAUGCUCUUGGCGGAUGUACUGUCAUAGUGGACAACUAUGAAUAUUUAUUUUAAGUUAUUGAUACACAAAUCAUUCCUAUCUUAAACAAAAGUCGACUUAACAUUUAUUUACAAAUAUCUUCUCGUCAUGACCAGGAAAUACCUGGCUUUAUUGAUAGUGGAAUCAAGGAAGUUGUAAAUCCUAUAUCUAAUCCACUGCUCCCUUCAAAAGAUAUUGUUAUAUUAAAAAUUAUAGCAAAGUUAAAUAAGCAAUUCCAGCAAGCUAAGUAUAAGCCUGAUAAUUAAAGCACUUAAAAUUAUAGUCGUAUUCUUCUACCAGAAAAGCCAGCUAAAAUUGAAGAUCCGAAGAAACCUGAACUAAUGAUGAACGAUUAUCCAAAACUUAUUGUUGAUUUCAGUAAAAUUUUUCAUGCAAACAUGUAUAAAGAACUUGAAUUUGAAAGACAAGAAUUAGAAUUAAGUGAUUGGACUAGGUUAAUUUCUCCUUAAAUUAUUCCUUUCAUAAAAGAAAAAGCUUACUUUCCUCUUUACUGUACUCAUGAAUUUAAAUUUAAUUAUGAGGAAACUCAGUCUGGCAACUAAUUUUCUAAUUAGCAACUUAUUUUGAUUGGUUUACUUAGAAUUAGCUGCAAAGAUGGACAAAUUAUAGGGGCUGAUUUGCUUUAUAAUAUUUGGAACUUUUUAGAGUUUAAUUUAAUCUACGAUGAAAUCAUUCAAAAGAAAAAUAUAUACAUUUAACAAGGAGGUUCUACUUAGACUUCAAGUAAUAUGCUUAGUGGGUCAUCUUAUAAUACAAAUCAACUGCCUUAACAAGUAGAGUAAGAAUUGAUCUCUAAGCUGGAAAGGUAUUUCUAAAAAACUCCUUAAUAUUACUGGCCUACAAUUCGAAAAAUAUUAGUUGAUAAAAAUUUAUAAUAAUUGUAUGACCAUAAGUAUUCAUUUCUUUAUGGAGAUGUCCUUCAAGAACAAGAUGAAUUUACUCGAAAUAUGUUUAAAUUUAAGCAAAAAGAACGUAAGAAACUAGAUGAAGAUAUCAAGUAAAAUAGAUACAAUCACAGUAUUAAAAAGGUAGCUUGCUGCGCUCCAAAUAGCGAAAAUUACGAAUUUAUUAACAGACAAAUGCAUCCUAAGAGUUCUUAGAGAGUCUAACUCGAAAAUUUGCUUCUGGCUAAGGAAGAAAUUCUUUUCAGGAAAAUUCCCAAAAUUUAUGACUCUACUCCAUAAUCUAACAUUGCUUAGAAUAAGCCUUUUCUUAAUGCUGCUGGCUAAGUUAACGGAGAUGUAUUACAACCACCUUUUGGCAUAAUAAAUCAAUAACAAAACAGUAAUAGCUAUGCUUUCUUUAAUCCUAAAUUAGCUAAAAGAUUUAUCAAAGAUGAUUACAUUAAAAGAAUUCAUUAUAAAAGCGAGCCUGUUUCUAAAAUGAGUGAAUUACUUAGAAGUGUUAAGCAGUAAGAGCAUCGAGACCCUUAAAUUGAUGAGGAUGAAAUUAAAUGUGUAAAAGAACCAAUUCCUUUUGGAAAUCCAUUCAAAAUGAUAGUUCGUAUUAAAAACUCAAGACUAUCAAAUCAACAAAAUGACUUCAUUUCUUCAGAAGAAAAUUAUUUAAAUACUAAUAUUCACCAAGGAAAUAAAUUUACUUAAAAUUUACUCACAAAUCGUCUUCCAAAACUUAAAAAACUCAAAAAGUAAUUCAAUCAGCUAAAUUCUCAGUCAUCUUCACCUGGUCAAUUGUCUCAAGGUUCUACUUCAGUAGAACAAGAAAAUGGAGACUCAGACUAAAGAUUAGAAGGAGAAAUUAAAAAAAAAAUAAAAUAGAACGAAGAUCAUUCAAGCUUAAUAAAAUCAGAAUAAACAAGUGAAGAUAGCUAGAUAUAUAUAAUUGAAAAAGAAGAUGAUGACCAAUAGCAAACUGAUUCAGAUCCUAUUAUUUAUGAUCCUUCGUACAUGAAUACAGAGUAUGAGAAUUAAAUAUAGCCUGAAAUAGAAGACUCAAAUAAUAUUUACUCACCUUAUUCAGUAGAUGAUAGUAAAGGCAGCACUAAUAAUAGCUAAAGCAAAAAUAUCAAAAAUUCUUAUAAAAUAGAGUCUGAAGAAGAGGAAUAUAAUCCAGAAACAACUUUGUACAAUUCAAACUAAAGUAAUUAAGACUCUUAGGAUUAUGAAAAUACUUUUGACAAAAAAUAUGACUCUUUCUAAGCAAAGAAUUCUAAGUAUGAAAAUUCAUAAGAAGAAGCACUAAGUAAUUUAGAUAAGGAAAAUAAUUUAGAAUACACUUCAGAUAGAAUCUUAGACUUUUAUAAUUAAAACAAAUUACAAAGCUCGAUAAACCAGACAUAUGAAAUAAACAGUAAUUAUGAGCCAAAUAUAUCUAAUAAAAAGUUUAAACUUGAUACAGACGAUUAAGUUUAACCAAGUGCAGAAGAUUUGGAUAACGAGUAAGGAUAUAAUCCAGAUAAUGACUUUGACGAUCCAUAAAAUUAAUUUGAAGAGGGAAUGGGUUCAAAGAAGUCAAGUAAAUAAGAAAAGAAGAAAAUAAAGAACUACAUACAUAACGAUUUAGUUUACGAUAUCAGAGAAAGUCUCAAAAAUGAUCUUAAUAAUAAUGAUGCAGGAGAAGAUGAGUAUGAUCCCUCUCUAGUUAACCAAUAAACAAACGAAACCACUUAACAAUUUACCAAAAUCGAAUUUUCUACAAAAUAUUUGCAAUCACCAUACAGAGAAUCUCAUCAAUUUUUGUUAAAAAACAAAAACUUCUUUGAUAAUUUGUUGUUCAUUCAAAAAUGCUAAAAAAGAGACGACCUAAAAUCCUACGUUACAAGGUAAAUGAAAGAAAUCACUGAAGAAAAAUUUAAGGCUGUAUUUAAACAAAGAGUCUCUGAAAUUGUUUACUAAGAAAAAAAGUGA